AUAAAAUACACUUUUCCCAUUCAACUUCUGUUCUUCAUGGUCAGCUUUAAGAUGAAGUCUGCUGUUUUACUGGUGCUUCUUGUGGCUUUCACAGAGGGACUUGUCAAAAUCCCUUUGUUCAGAGGCAAGUCUGCCCGUCAGGCUCUUGAAGAGGUUGGACUUUACGAAGAAUACAAGGCACAGUAUCCUCAGCCAAGUCUUCAGAGAGGGCUGAAGGUGACCAACGUGCCUAUUACCUAUGAUCCACAGGUUACCUAUUAUGGCGUGAUUGGCAUUGGAAAUCCCCCGCAAUACUUCAAGGUGCUUUUUGACACCGGCUCUGCAGACCUAUGGGUGCCGUCCUUGAAUUGCACCCAUUACAGCUGCGGAAACCAUGCAAGGUUCAAUCGCUCGGCUUCCUCCACCCUUCAGAAGGGCGACGGGGACUUUACCGUGGAUUAUGUGUCGGGCUAUGUGAAGGGCGUGACGGCGUAUGACACCGUUCUGGUCGGUGACAUUUAUGUGGUGAACCAGCUCUUCGGCCUGACCUACUCGGGGGGGUCGUUCCUCAGGUACAUGCCCUGGGAUGGCAUACAAGGCCUGGCUUUCAGCGGUGCUUCCGCAUUGGGGGGGACUCCUCUCUUCAAAAACAUGUGGAAUCAGGGCAGGAUCACACAAAACCAGUUCUCAAUGUACUUGAGCAAAUCCGUGGAGGGAAGUGCUUUGAUCCUAGGGGGAGUGGAUGAGCAAUAUUUCACUGAACCAGUCAACUGGGUCAUGGUCAAGGAGGAGGACACUUACUGGACCAUCCAAAUAGAUAGCAUCACCAUCAACGGGAACACGGUGGCCUGCAGCGGCGGCUGCCUGGCCAUCGUGGACUCGGGCACGGCCCUCAUCACCGGGCCAACCAGGGACAUCGACAACAUCAACGGCUGGGUGGGGGCCUACCAGGCAGGGGGCGAUCAAGCUUCAGUGGGCUGCAGUAACGUCGGGGUGAUGCCAGACCUGGUCUUCAACAUCGGCGGCAAUGCCUUUCACCUCCCGGCCUCAGCCUACGUCCUGCAGUACGGGACCAGCUGCCAAACCGGGUUUGAGUAUGUCCCUGGGUCGUGGAUCCUGGGCGAGGUCUUCAUGAGGCACUACUACACCGUGUUCGACGUCAACAACUCCAGGGUGGGCUUUGCCCUCGCCGUGUGAAUGUACACGUUGCACGCUUGAUUUAUUAUUUAUGGGUUUGCUUUAGCCUCAUUUAUUUUCUCUCCGAACUGGAGACCAAUUGAGAGUUUAAGAUCUGGUUUUCGACACUCUUUCCGUAUUGUUGUCUUAAUGAUUAUUUGCUAUAAUAAAAUAUAAUGGCCCGAAAAAGAUCAGUUAAUUUUUAACAACUUUGUUUUAUUUCUCUGGGUUGAGCUGUUUUGAUUGAUAUUAAAAAAUGACACUUGAACUGCAAUCAAGUAUGGUGAUUGUUCCCUGCUG